AUGAUUUCUAAACAAAUCUUUCGUUCUUCAUCGACUUUGAGUCGUAUUUGCUAUAAUCGAUUUGUUCCUGUUUUUACUCGUUCUGCUUCUACAUCAACAAAAGAGAUCUCAUCAAGUCAAAAUAAAUCGCCAAACAAAGGACAAUCUGAUGGAAAAUAUUAUGCCGCUGAUAUGUAUAAUUAUACAGAAUUUAGUUAUUAUGAUAUUGAAGCAUCAAUGACUAAAUUUCGUCUUCCUCAACCAUCAUCACAUGCAUCAUUUAAACCUGAACCAAAUCCACAAAAAAAAUAG